AAAAAAUUAUAGAAACAGGUACUACCGUAGCAUCAGGAAGCAAACCAACUUCCCAAGUUGUUAUCUUGAAUAGAGAAAUGUCAACAUAUGAACCAGAAGUGUAUGAACAACAAAUAGACAUGAAAGCAGAAACAGAUACUAGAAGUUCCAAAAUUCAAGAUAACCAGAAAAUGGUUAAAGACUUGAAGAAAAACAAGGAAAUUGAAUGGAAAGAAGUGAAAAAACAUAAAGGCAAACAUGCUGAGAAAUCUGGUAUCAUUAAAAAACCAAAUAACGAAGAGGAUAACAGGUCCAUUGCAUCUUACAACUCAGAAGAUGACUACCAGAUGAUCUCUGCAUAUUAUGACAACAAAGAAGAAAUGGAAAAAGGUAACAAAAUCAAUGUGGGCGACAAUGCAGAACAGCCUACCUACAUGCAUAGGGCACAAAUCUUUAAAAGGAAUUCUGAGAAAGAUCUCAUAAUAAUACAACUAGAUCAAACAGUAGAUAAUCUUAAAUCACGUGGAGAAUUUGCAACAAGGAUUAUUGAUCUCCCUUAUGGUAUGACAGCUAGAGAAUUAUUUCCUCAUAUAGCAAAGCUGAAAACAAAAACUUGCUACUUCCCUCGUACCAGGAAUAAUAGAAGGAAAAAUAAAGUAAUUUUAUCUUUUGCUCUUAAAGAAGAAUGUGAUAAUGCAAUAGAAUUUAAAUGGGAAACAGCUAACUUCAAUAUACAAAUUGCCACUGAAAGAAUAGAAAAAUUUGGAGCAAUGUAUAAAAAACAUAACUCACAUUAUUUCAAAAUAAUUAGCAGACAAGCAGGGGAAAAAACAUAUGCUGAAGUAGCAAAGAACAAAACAAAAGACAAAGUCAUGGAAAUAUUACAACAAAUAGUAGGCCGUGUUGAUUUGUUAGAACAAAAAAUUAAAGAAAGCUCACCUAAUACUCGAGAUAUGGAUGAUAUAAUAUCUCAUGAAUCGAAUCUUGAUUCAACAUAUAUAGAAACCAAGAAUGAGCCAAUAAUAAAUAACAUAAUAGGAAUAUCAGAAACCAGAUGUAAUGAAAACAAGAAAAAAUGGUUUGGCGAUGGAAAGGACAAACUCAGAGGACAUUGGUCAUCAAAUGGAGCUAGUGCAGGUGUGACAUUAAUUUUUACAAAAGAAUUUAACAACGAGAUAUUCCUACUAUUAACUGGUAAAGACAUGAUCGAUUGCUAUUGUGUGGUACAUCCAGAAAACAAUGGAUACACUUGGAAGAGUAAUAAUUCAACUGAACAAAGUAGAAUAGAUACAAUAUGGAUGUCACAGGAAUGGGGCAACAAAAUUAAACGUUGUGAACUAGAUGAUCUGCAACUAGUUACAGAUAGUGAUCAUAAACUUUUAAGAAUACAAAUUAAAAAGGCAUGGCAAAACAAACAUACAGAAGUUAUGAUUGAAAAUAGAGGUCCACGCUAUAAUAUGAAACUAAUGGAUGAAGGAAAAUGA